AUGCACGGGGCUUCGGGCACCUCCGACACUGACCAGUCGCUGACGGCGGAGAGCCCGCAAGAGACGUCGCCACGGUCGUUCAAAACGACGAGCGACGAGGAGAACGAUGCAUUUAGAACUUGCAUGAGCGGUGGCACGGAGGAUGCCUCUGGCUCCCCCCUCAGCAGCCGCCGGACGAUAUCCAAAAAAUUGAACUUGGGCGCCUUCUACGGUGGUGUGCGGUUUCGUGCGGGGAGUGAAGCCGCAGACCGGACAAGCGAGGAGAGUGGACGAAGGAGUGACGUGCGGGGCCUCCUCAGUAUAAUCUACAGCGAGCAGGAAAGAGGUUUAUUGCACUGGCACAGACGCUCAAAGGAGCAUGACCACAACCCUGCCCUGAGGGACACGGUGGAGUCGGCGGUCCCCGUCGUUUCCGCCCCUCCAGGCACGCCGCUUAAGAAGCGCAAAGACGCGCACGAGUCAAGUGAGUGGGCCUCCACGCACUACACGGCGUUGGAGCAAUUACGACUAGAGCUGGAAGACCGCCUGCGCACGGAUACGCACUUCCGACCGGAGUUGCGAGAGGUGGCGCAGAAGAAGGAAGAAGCGAUAGACAAAACUAUAGAAACACAAGAAGAAGAAGAUGAGGAAGGUGACCAGCGGCAAUUGCAGGCGAUGGCUAGAGAGCUGCGACGCCCAGGUGAACCCAUUGACGCAUGUCCCGUGCCGAAGGUGCAUGUUGCAGCCAUGCCAGACGCCGCUGACCCCAGGCAGCGGAAUGGGCCAACCAUAGACCUUUCUGAUAUCCGUGACGCCUCCUACGAUGAAUCUUUUGAGGCGACGCGGCGGGCGGAGGAGCGAACACGAGAGAGACGACAGCGAACGGAGGCGGAGGUGCGGAAUAGGGAGCUCUUAGAGUGCACUUUCCACCCACAGGUCUCCCCAAACUCUGCUAUGCUCUUCCAAAAGGCGUCACAGGACAAGGGCAACGUGUUUGAACGGCUGUAUCCGCAAGGGCUGCAGGAGCAGGCUGACAGAGUACGUGAUGCUCGUCUGCUGGGGGAGAUGGAGUCACUCGAAAGGGAGGAAAGGGAAUCUCUUCGUGAACGCUGCGGCGGGGUGACUUCCACGUGCACAGUGGAAGACACCUUUGAGUUGUUUCUCCACAACGUGCUUGGGUCAAGACGGGGUCACAAGUCCAGUUGCAUAGAAACGGACUACCAAUCGCCGCUGUCCCAAAAGAUGCGGGCGGAUGCUGCUGUGGGUAAUGCAGACAGCUCUGGAGUAGCGAAAACCGUCUCUCGGGACGAACGACGAUACCGCAUGGCCUGCUUUGACGAGUUUCUCCAGCGUCAAAAUGAGCACCACCGCAACCGGUUUCGUAGUGUGCAGCAUUUGGUAAAGACGUUGACGCCGUCUUUCAAGCCUGUGAUUACUGAGCACAGCUUGCAGCUCGCAAAGAAGUUAAUCGCUCGUAGUUCCAUCUCACCGCCGGAUUCCAAUAACGUGUCUGUGCUUGCUUCAGCUGUGAAGAAGCAUCACUCUCAUUACGUUGACCCGUGCACCUUUAAACCGAAGAUUACUGCGGUCUCCAGUGCCAUGGCGCCCCGUGGCGUGGAAGAGAUGGCGAAGGACAGUAUGCGCCUGCGUGAGCGGCAGAGGACGAAGCAGGAAAAGGCGGCGGCGGCGGAGGUGAAUUACCCGUUUCGUCCCACCCUCAAUGAUGCUCGCAAUACACGUGUUGAGUCCCUCUUGACUUCAAAGAACUACCCACGCUACGAGGAGUGCCUCAAGCGGCGGAAGGAGCAGAGGGCGAAGCUGAAGAGGGAACAGGAGGCUCUAAAGGAGCGUGACGAGCUGGAGCGAAGCACAUUUCAUCCACAAACAACUCGUAAGCCUGCGUAUGUGACACGAAUGGCCUCCAGCUUCGCUCUUGUCCGGCAGCAGUACGGGGAACUUUGA